AAAAGAAAAAGAAAGAAAAGAAAUUGGGGGAAUAUUAAUUUUGGUUGAAACGAGGCAAAGCGAAAGCACGGAUUCAUCGUAGAAAUUAGAAAACAAAAAUCAAAGCGAUUGAAGAAACGAGGCUAACGGAUUCCACUUCAUUCAUCUUCUUCCCAUUUUCGCUCUCAAUUUUUUUUUUUUUUCCAUCUUACUGUUCUUCAACUUCCUUCAAGGGGAUAAGUCUUUAUGGAAGGAGUUGGGGGCGACACGGCAUCUGCAGUAGCACCUCUGGCCAAGUGGAGAAACGAUUUUUCUAGAGCAUUUCAAUAUUACUUGGAUCGAUCCACUCCUCACCCGGUCCAGAGGUGGUUGGGGACCCUUCUUGUUGCAGCAAUUUAUGUGUUGCGUGUUUUCUAUGUUCAAGGGUUUUAUGUUGUUUCCUAUGGAUUGGGAAUCUAUAUCUUGAAUCUCUUGAUUGGGUUUCUUUCGCCCAAGGUUGAUCCUGAGCUCGAUGUCUUGGAUGGAGCUUCCUUGCCUACCAAAGGUUCUGAUGAGUUUAAGCCUUUCAUACGCCGGCUUCCGGAGUUCAAGUUUUGGUACGCCAUCACCAAAGCUUUUUGUAUUGCGUUCCUCAUGACCUUCUUCUCGCUAUUCGAUGUUCCGGUUUUCUGGCCCAUUCUUCUUUGCUAUUGGAUUGUUCUAUUUGUCCUGACAAUGAAGCGCCAAAUCAUGCACAUGAUCAAAUACAAAUACAUUCCUUUCAGCAUAGGAAAACAGAGAUAUACGGGAAAGAGGUCUUCUGCAAGUAGCAGUGGCGUUUCAAGAGACUAAAGGUUUCAUCAUUCCCAUCUGGUUAGUAGUAGUAGACAGAAGAAGCGUGCAGCAUUCCCAACUCUUCUUUCAGUUUUUCCUAAACAAGCACUUGGUCUUCUUUGUCAGACAAGUACGAAUUCAGGACACUGGUUGAAGAGAAGAAACAGCUUUUAUGGUUGGUGGUAAUAUGGAUAUUGUAAUAGCUUUUUUUCUCAAUUCUGUGUUGACCACAAUACACAUCCUAUAUGGACUUUUCUCUUCUUGUGUUUGUUUUGUCUUUAGGAUUCUUUAGGCUCUAUUACUAUAGAAUAUCGCUUAUAAUUUUUCCUUUUUCUUGUAUCCUUAUUUUUUUUUUCUGCUGGGGAAGCAAAAAAAUUAAAUGUCCAAUUAAUAUUUGUUGGGUUCUGAUUUUCUUGCCA